AAGAGAUGGUGAGUCUCCGCUCUCUCCGCACAGUGUGGUCCUCCACUCAUUUUGUGCACUUUUAUUUUAAUGUAAUGCCUUGAGUGGGUUGCCAACACUGCGAAAAGUAAUAUUUUAGUGGCAGAAGUGUCGAAUGGUAGCAGCGCAGGGAAACAGCAUGGCAGCACUGAGUCGCCUCCAGCGCCUCUUUGCCUUGAGUGAACUGGUUGAGUUGGCGGAACUCAUGGGUCAUCAACGCCCCAAUAAAAGAAGGAUCGUCCGUCACCGGCUUGAUCCACUCCAGCACCACUCCAAUGAGGAGUUUCUGGCACGAUACAAACUCUCAAAGGAGAGUUUCAAUGCCCUACUGGAAGAAAUUACACCUCAUCUUCCAUCUUCUAGGGACAGGAGAGGUCUCCGUAUCUCACCCAGUCUGCAGCUUUUGGUCACGCUGCGUUACCUAGCAACGGGCAGCUUCCAGCUGACUGUUGCUGACACAUCAGAAAUGUCACAGGCCAGUGCGUCCCGCUGCAUCAGGAGGGUGGUCCGUGCCAUCGCAGAGGUCUCAGCAGGGCACAUCAGGUUCCCUACACCAGCCGAGGAGGGGGCCGUCACGCAAGCCUUCUCUGCCAUUGCAGGCAUGCCAGAGUGCAUAGGCUGCAUUGGUGGAACCCUCAUCCCCAUCAAAGGACCUGGUGGAGACGAUGCCGAGCUGUACCGUUGCCGCCAGGGUUUCUUUGCUAUCAACAUGACAGCUGUGUGUGAUGCCUCGCUUUUGGUCACCAACCUGGUUGUCAACUGGCCUGGCAGUGCACAUGACUCAAAGAUUUUUAAUGAGUCUCGCCUCCGCCAGACUCUUGAGCCUGGCCAUUAUCGUGGCUUCCUUCUUGGCCACUGUGGUUAUCCUUGCCACCCUUACCUCUUGACUCCAUAUGCUGAUCCAAAGGCACCACAUGAGGAAAAGUUCAAUCAGGCCCAUGCAAGAACUCACAGCUGUGUGGAGAGGAUGUUUGGGAUUCUGAAAAGGAGGUUCAGCAUUCUGACAACACCCCUCAGGACCAAGCGGGCCUCAAGAAGCGACAUUAUUGUGGCCACAGUAGUACUUCACAACAUUGCUGUGAGGAAUGGGUUGCCACUAGAGGAAGGGCCAGAGGGUAGAGUGGAGGAAAAUGUCCCAGUACCAGACCAAGAAAAUGCAGCAGAAGGUCACAUCCGGCGAGCAGAGAUUGCAGCGAGGUUUAUCUCUUAAGGUUGUACCCUGCUCCCUUACAUGGUGGGAUUCCACUUCCACAACAUUGCCAUUCUACUUAGAACUUUGUGUUGUCUGUUCUUUCUCCAUUACAAGUUUGGGGGUUGUGCAGUUUGCAUUUCUAACAGGCACUGUUUUGCCUUGGGAACAAUCAGGCAGGCCAGAACUGUGACAUCAUUUCAUACUUGAACAGAACAAGUUGGAAGGCAGUGUUUGGUGAGGGGGUGGGUUCUGGAUUAACCCUUUUUAAGGACUAGUCUGUAGUGAUUAUUUCAUUUGUGUUGAUGAGGAAACUGUGCUGGACAUAUAAUAUAUUUUUUUGUACCUACUUUAAGUUUACUUGAACCCAUACUGGCUGUGAAUACAUGUAAGUUUACUUACACCUCAUAUUGGAUGUGAAUACGCUUAUUGUUGUAUUUUAAACUUAGUUAUUCUGUUUAACACCCAUAAAAAGUGAAGCAUUUAGUGGAAAUUUAAAAAAAGUUAAUUCUAUUAAAUAAAUUUUAUUUAUACAAAAA